AGCCCUGCGCGCGCAUCCCCACAACUAACAACUCCAUGUCAAAUUUUAUUUACGUAUUUGUCAAACUUUUUCUCCGCGUCCAGGAUUUUUGAAAGAUACGUUAUUUUAUUGGAAUUUUAAUUUGUUUAGUUUUAUUUAUAUGAGCACCUCGCUAUGGCGCCGAAGAAGAAGGAUGCGACAAACAAGUCACGUGGGAACCUAGCUGAAGAUGACGCCCUAGAUUGGCUCAAACCACGGACGCUCAUCAGGCCUGAUGACCAGGAAGAAGUGCCCGAAGCUGACUUGGAAGAAGAGGUAGGUCGCAUUCUGACCACGAUCAACCCCACCUGGGUGGCUGAUGAAGUGGCGUACCACUAUGGGAAAGGGAAGUUCAUGGUUAAGCCGAAACCGAUGUAUGGGAAGGCGUACCCGCUGUAUAUACAUCAAGGUACAGCUAUACGGAAGGAUUCUGAUGAAGCUAAAGCUCAAAUUGCUGCUGGAUAUGGUAUGGUCAGCUUUGAUGAUGCUGGACCGAAGCGAGUGAAGGUCAAGAAGACCAAAACUGAAGAAGAAGAGGAGGAGGAACCAGAACAGGAACCAGCUCCCGUAGAAGAAGUUAAAGAUGAUGAACAAGUACAGGAAGAAGAGAAGGCUGCUGAAGCUGCAGAGAAACCAGCAGAGGAGAAACCAGCAGAGCCGACGGAGGAAGAACCUAAGGCAGAGGAAGAGGCGGUCGCUGAUGAAGAGACACAGGAGCCUGAAGAGAAGGAAGCUCAACAAGAAGAUAUGGGGAUGGAAGAGUACCUGGACAUUAAGCCUCGGGUGAAGAAGCUGGCCAACCAGUUCAACUUCUGUGAGAGAGCGGCUCUCACAUACAACUACCCCAGACGGUCUGUGGAGACCCAGACAAUCCCGCCGCCCCGAGCCAACUUCGGGGCUACAGCGCUCCAAUGCAUCAUUUUCGACUACUAUCAAGAAGAUUAUGCCAGGAAAAUGAAAGAAAAAGAAGAUGAAAAGCCUAAAAGGCUGAAAAAGAAGAAAGCCAAGCACGUGAAGUCGGAGCAGCAGAUCCAUGAUGAAAGACUGGCGCAGAGGAUCCGAGAGGCCUGGGCCAUCCUCGAGAGGCUCGUCAACCAGAACAUUUAUGAUGAUAUUGCUCAAGACUACCGUUACUGGGAUGACCCAUCAGACGAGUUCCGUGAAGGCAUGGGCUCCUUGCUGCCUCUCUGGAAGUUCCAGUUCGAUCCCAUGCGGAGCCACGCUGUCUGCGACGUGCAGUGGAACCCGCACUACCAAGAUCUGUUCGCAGUCGCUUACGGAUCAUUGGACUUCACACUGCAACAGAAGGUGGGCUGCCUCUGCCUAUACAGCAUCAAGAACCCAGCCUACCCGGAGUAUGCAGUGAUCACGGAGUCGCCUGUCAUCUGCCUCGACGUGUACAAGGAAAUACCGUACCUUAUCUGUGUUGGUCUAUAUGACGGCAACGUAUGCGUCUACAACGCUCAGUUAUCACUGGAGUCCUCUUAUCAAUACAAAUCUAACUCGGUACGGGAUAAACACAGCAACAUAGUGUGGGAGAUUCGCUGGGGACCACGCCUGAUUGACGGGGAGCCCUCGUUCUUCUCAAUAUCUGGUGAUGGACGCGUGGUGCAAUGGGCGGUGAUGCCAGGAGAGCUGCAGGCCACCACCAUCAUCACGCUAACAUCCAGCGUACCGCCUAUACCGGGACCUGAUGGGACCAUGCUCACCGUUAACAGCUGCGGCAGCUGCAUUUGUUUCCACCCUGAAAAGACAGAGAUCUUCAUGGUGGGCACAGAAGACGGUAUGAUCCACACCUGCUCCCUCAAGUACAACCGUAACUACGUGCGCUCCAUCCAAGGGCAUCACAUGCCCGUCUACAGGAUCCACUACAACAACUAUAACAACAGCAUCUACGCCUCCUGCUCUGGUGACUGGAGAGUCAAGAUUUGGGAGGAUGGGAGGGAUGAGCCCCUAUUCAUGUUCGAGCUCGGAUCUCCAGUGGGCGACGUGAAGUGGGCUCCGUACUCCAGCACUGUGUUCGCAGCCUGCACUGCUGAUGGCAAGGUGUACGUAUAUGACCUGAAUGUGGACAAAUACAGGCCGAUAUGUGUGCAAGCAGUGGUCUCGAAGAAAACAAAGAAACUCUCCAGAGUCGACUUCAACCUGAAACUGCCAGUCAUCGUCUGCGGAGAUACAAAGGGCACAUGUCACGUAUUGAAGUUAUCGCCGAAUUUAAGAGUAAUGUGUAAACCGCCUAAAAAGGCCCAAGGAAUUGAUCAACGGACGUUACAGAUUAUGAAACUGGACAAGCUACUAAGCUUAGUUCGAGACCCGCCAUUCCAAACCGGAGUCGUGGACGAGAAGUUUGAGGACGACUGAAACCGCAAAUGCCCACAAAAUGUACCCUUAGACAUAAUUACUAAAAUAAAUAAAACACAUAUUUACUUGUAUUUGUAUUAAUUAUUCUAAUAAAGCUUUGAAAUUAAA